UGAAAGUUAAGUCUGAAGUUCAUUUAAGAGGGAAUGUUCUGAGUGAAUCAGAACAUUCACUGAUGCCAACUCCUUUACUGCAAAAUGGAAAUUCUGUUUGGAUUGUACACUCUGGGGAGCAUAACUUUCCUGCUUAUUCUUCUGAUGUGUAUGUUACGUUCUCCAAUUAAAAGUUACAUACAUAUAUGGAGAGAGAUGAAGCCAAUUCCAGGAAUGGAAGGUGCCUUCCCUUUCAUUGGUAAUGCUCUACAGUUCAAAGCUAAUGCAGGAGAUUUUUUCAACCAGAUUAUUGAAGGGACUAAUGAAAACAGACACAGGCCUCUCGUGAAGGUCUGGGUGGGACCCAUCCCCUUCCUUAUUUUAUAUCAUGCAGAGACAAUUGAGGCUGUCCUCAGCAAUUCCAAGCAUCUAGAUAAAUCUUAUCCCUACAGAUUUCUGCACCCUUGGCUUGGCACAGGUUUACUCACCAGUACAGGAGACAAGUGGCGCAGUCGACGGAAAAUGCUGACCCCAACAUUUCACUUCUCUAUCCUCACUGACUUCCUGGAGGUGAUGAAUGAACAGAGUGAUAUUUUGAUCCAGAAGCUGCUGAAACAUGUAGGCGGAGAACCAUUUAACUGUUUCAGCUACAUUACUUUCUGUGCCUUGGACAUUAUAUGCGAAACAGCAAUGGGCAAAAGGAUCUAUGCGCAGAGUAAUGCAGACUCAGAAUAUGUCCAGACUGUGUAUAAGAUGAGUGACAUCAUCACUCGGAGACAGAGAGCACCGUGGUGGUGGCCUGACUGGAUUUAUAACUUGUUCGGAGAGGGUAAAGAGCAUGCAAAAAGACUCAGGAUUUUACACGCCUUCACUGCAGGUGUGAUCAAAGAGAGAGCAGAGUAUGCGAGUGAAGGAUCUGACAAUGAGUCAGACCAUGGACUGAGAAAGAGAAGGGCCUUCUUGGACAUGCUGUUAAAAACCAAAGAUGAUGCUGGUGCUGUGCUGAGCCAUGAGGACAUUCAGGAGGAGGUGGACACCUUCAUGUUUGAGGGGCAUGACACCACAGCAGCUUCCAUGAACUGGGCCUUACAUCUCAUAGGCUCUCAUCCAGAAGUCCAGAAGAAAGUACAAGCAGAGCUACAGGAAGUGUUUGGUUCAUCACAGCGCCACGUGGGAGUGGAGGACCUGAAAAAGCUGCGGUACCUGGAGUGUGUCAUCAAGGAAAGUCUGCGACUCUUCCCUGCAGUGCCGCUGUUUGCACGCAGCAUAUGCGAGGACUGUCACAUAAAUGAUUUCAAAGUUCCAGAAGGCGUAAAUGCUGUGAUCAUCCCCUACGCUCUCCAUCGUGAUCCUCGUUUCUUUCCAGACCCUGAGGAGUUCAGACCAGAGCGCUUCCUUCCAGAGAACAGUACAGGAAGACACCCAUAUGCAUACAUCCCAUUCUCCGCCGGUGCUCGUAACUGCAUUGGCCAGCGCUUUGUUAUGAUGGAAGAGAAGGUUGUUCUUGCCACUGUGUUGCGUCACUUUGAUGUGCAGGCGUGUCAGAGUCGUGAAGAGCUGAGACCCCUGGGGGAGCUCAUCCUCCGUCCAGAGAAGGGCAUCUGGAUCCAUCUAGACAAGAGGGCCAACUAAACCCGAGCCACGUCUUGUAUGCAAUGUAUGUAGUUAGAGAAGUAUGGGGUAGAGAGAUUUUAGCCAUCGUUUGUGGUACAUCACCGUCUGCAUACACAAAUGUAUGGAAUAGGAAUUCCCUUGUAUUUCUGUAGACUUGGAGUCACUUCUUUGUGUGGUCCAGUGCAUCCAAUACAAAUCUACAAUUUUGCAUGCCUUCAAUAUACUACACAGAUACACUGUAUAUAUUAGUUAGCACAGAUAUUUCUAAAAAAUAGAAACAAACUGCAUAAUGGGUGCAACUAUAAAAUGAUUAUCUGUUAAGGUAUUGAAUGGAUCUGAUUAUUAUAACAAUUCAUAAUACAAAAUGUUACUAUGAAACAUUGUUAAGAUUUGUUCAAUAUCAUUGUUAUUACGUAAGGAAUAAAGUAUUUUGGGAACAUGCUGUUAUACUGUAGGAAAACAUUCAAUUAUGUGAUUGGAUCAUAUGAUUGGGUGUGAAGAAGUGGGCUUUUUUUAUUUACUCUUAAUUAAAGAACAAAAUGUCAUAGUUUCAUUUAAUGUUGUGAAACAUCUGCAAGACAUGUAGUUCCUUUUAUCUCUUGUGCUAUAGCAGCUAUAAACAGUCAUUCCCUCACCAGGCUCAUUUUAUUUCUUUUGAAGUUAAUAAGACAAGGCAAUCCAAGAACUCUAUAUGCGCAAAAUCCUCCUGAAGACUCUCCUGUAGUGGAAAACCUACUGAGCAUUACAAAGCGCUGACACCUGAGACACCUCUUUUCAGUACACUUCACCAUAUCAGCAAUGAUAUGUUUUUCUUUUUAAAAUAAAAGCACAUGUUUAAAUCCUUU